ACAAUUCUUGGACUUCAACCAAGCAAGUCAUAAAUACAGAUCGCAGUGUAGCAAUGUCAGAAACUGCAAACCCUUCUGGCACUCUCUGCAGCGAGUGUGAUUUUGAAAUGCUGUUUUGCAGCUAUAGCUAGAAGGAUGAUUCAACCUCCCAGCAGGGCUGUGACUUGCUUUUGCAUGUUUCGGGAGGCCAGCUAGCUUUAUAAUGACCUAAUUGCAUACAGUGCACCUCCCAGAAGGUUUCUCUGCAAACUUCUGAGCAAAGCAGCAGAGGUAUAUAUAAAAGAGGAAAGUCCUUUUGGGGACGAUGGCGACCGGCUCCCACCAGCUGUUCCUCAUGGCUGCAGAUUUAACACUGGCUUCUGUCCUCUCCUUUGUCCUUUACGUGCUCGGAUGCCUUUUCCUUGCGAGCCUCUCCAGCUUGGCGAUCUUCCACUUCUCCUUUGGGCUGAUGAAGAGAGCAAAGAGGAGAGCAAAGAGGAAGAUCGGCCUGAAAGGGAGAGCAAUCCUGAGCCUGGUUUCUCGGAGCACCAUCGGAGGGAUGCUUGUGAAGAAAUUAGACGGAGCGGGUUCUGGGUUGCUGGAGGAGCACCGCUCCUCGGAGGGAGAAAGGCGACCUAUGCUGAAGAAGGAAAGCUCCUCAAAAACCAGGGUGACACAACUCCCAGCGGGAAUGUCUGGAGUGCUGAAGAAUCCUGCUGUCACGUUCCAGGAAGAGGAGGCAGAGACACGAAAUGAAUAUGAAGGGGCGUCAUCUCCUGAGCAGAAGAAUGGUAUUUUGACACCUGCUUUCUUUAUUGCCCUCAUUUGGCUUCCAGCGAAAAUUGCGUGCCCAUGUCUGAGGAAGAGAGGUUGCCUGCGGCGAGUGGGGGCAUUUGUGUGGGGGAAAACUGCAAGAUUUGCUCUGGGACUGAGUGAAAAGAAUUGAAGGGAAGAUGACAUAGAGUGCUGGGUCUUGGGCACCGCCUUCGAACCGUGCAUUUUGAAUACUAUUA